UGGCCCCUCCCUUCUCCUCCUCCUCAGCGCGAGGCUGCGCGUGUAGCGUCACGGCAACGGCUCCAAGCCUCGCCCAGGCAGAAGGGAGGGGGAAGAGGGCGGGACAGGAGAGAGAGAGGGAGAAGGCGAGGGAGCUUUGGCCAGGACGGCGGCGGCGGGGAGCGGCAGCGCCGUCCGAUAUUGAGGUGGUAACUCAACACUUGCAUCAUGCGUGAAUACAAACUAGUGGUUCUUGGUUCAGGAGGUGUUGGAAAGUCUGCACUGACUGUACAGUUUGUUCAAGGAAUAUUUGUUGAAAAAUAUGAUCCUACGAUAGAAGAUUCCUACAGAAAGCAAGUUGAAGUAGAUGCACAACAAUGUAUGCUUGAAAUCUUAGACACAGCAGGAACGGAACAGUUUACAGCCAUGAGAGACCUCUACAUGAAAAAUGGUCAAGGAUUUGCUUUAGUAUAUUCCAUCACAGCACAGUCCACAUUUAAUGACUUACAGGAUCUAAGGGAACAGAUUCUUCGAGUCAAAGACACUGAUGAUGUACCAAUGAUUCUGGUUGGCAACAAGUGCGAUUUGGAAGAUGAAAGAGUUGUGGGAAAGGAACAAGGACAGAAUUUAGCAAGGCAAUGGAAUAACUGUGCAUUUUUAGAGUCUUCUGCGAAAUCAAAGAUAAAUGUUAAUGAGAUCUUUUAUGACCUUGUGCGGCAAAUUAACAGAAAAACACCUGUGCCUGGAAAAGCACGCAAAAAGUCAUCAUGUCAGCUACUUUAAUACAUGUUUGUACUGUAGCACUGAGCCAGGUCUGAAGAACUGUUGCUGACUACAACAGUGCCAGCAUUCCAACUUUAUUAAACCUACCAACAUCUUAAAUGGACUUUCCUAUGGUGGUACCCUUAUGAAAUGGAUGAUCGCUACUACAUCAGUUUGCACAUUCUAAUCACGUUCCAGUGUCAUGAAAGAUUUUUACUUAUAAAUAACCUAUGUGUAUGCAACUGGUAAAACCAGAGCCUACAUCCAGUAUUACAGAUAAAGAGACAUUGUUCAUCUGCCGAUGUUGUACAUGUAUGAAAACUGUACUGUAUCUACAACAAACCCCAUACUUCCUAUUGGAGAGUACAAUAAUGUAAAUCCUAAAAGCACCACUAUUUUAGCGUAAUAAAAGAAAGUCCAAAGAGCUCCUAUAUAGACUACUCCAGAUAACUUUGCUUCAUUGGUAUUUGUAGCUUAUUGUAACUUUUUUAAAAGAAAUACAGGAUCAUCAUUGUAUUGUACAAAAGCGCUUUGAUUAACACAACAGCUAUCUAGUUUUUUAAUUUUAGGAUAAAAAACCUGUGGAGACAGUGAUCUAGUCUUAUUAAAACGAGUCCUUUCAGUAUAAUGUCUGCCUAAAGACAUUGCCUUUAAUAUCUGUUGGGAAGGAAAUGUCCAGAUUUUUCAACCUUUUAUUGUAUGUUUCCUUUUCCUUGUUUACAUAGGGAACAAUGUUUAUAGUUGUGUGUACAGUGGGGGUCUACAACAAGAAGUGUAUAUUUUAAAACAAUUUUUUAAUGAUUUAACAAUUUUUUUGUAAAUCAUUUUUGGGCUUCUGCAGCUGUAGAUUCUCACUGUGAAUUCCCUUGCUUGCUCAUGCAUAAGUGUAUUUGCAAUACCAAAUAUACAGGUUUAGUACUUUUGCCUGUUAGUGAUUGUUUUACAUGUGUAACGUUUUGGUUGAGAUGUUAAAUGGUGGACGAGUACUGUGGAUGUGAAUGUGGGAAGUAAUUUUAAUCAUGUGUAAUUGGUCCCAGGGCCUAAGUUGCAGUAAUUACCUUUUUGCUGAUUUAUUUAACAAUGCCUUGUUGCUUUGUAUGCAUUAACGUUUGGGUGUAAAGAUUGCGUGUAAAAUCCAACAGGGAGCCACAGUAUUUAAAUUGACCAACCUAAUGUUACAACUGCUUUGAGGUGGCCAAAUGUAAACUAAAAGCCUUAAUUAAAAGUGGUGCAAUUUUGUAUGACUUAGCAUCAGUAGUUCAAUAAAUUUGGAUUGCCAUGCAAGGGCUUGCAUUACAA